UUACGCAACUUUUGACCUCUAACCCCUUGAACUCCAGUGACCGGUCGGAUGUUGCGCUUUGCAAAGUAUUUAGUCGAAAAACAUCUUUCAUGUUCAACGUCAAGGCCAACAGCAGCUCUAGCUUGCCUCCCUGUUCAAGUUAGCCAUUUCUGUAGCGGUCCAGCACCAGAGACGGGACUCAAGGCUUCCAAGAGAAAGUUUUUCCGUAGGGGGAGGGGCGAGAUGGCGACUCUGGAAACUCUGAAUUUUGACAACCUGGUUCUGCGGUCGCUGCCGAUCGACAAUUCCGGGGAAAAUGUCCCGCGGCAGGUACCGGGAGCCUGCUUCUCUAAGGUGAGCCCCACACCUGUGACUAACCCCCAGACAGUAGCCUUCUCAGCCCAGGCCCUGCAGCUGCUGGACCUACCCCCUGCAGAGCUGACCAGGCCGGAGUUCGCUCAGCACUUCUCUGGUAGCAAGCUGCUGCCGGGGUCGGAGACAGCUGCUCACUGCUACUGUGGGCAUCAGUUUGGGCACUUCUCUGGGCAGCUGGGUGAUGGAGCAGCCAUGUACCUGGGUGAGGUAGUGAACAAGUCAGGAGAGCGAUGGGAGAUCCAGCUGAAGGGAGCAGGGCUGACUCCAUACUCCAGGACAGCAGACGGCAGGAAGGUACUCCGCUCCAGUAUCAGGGAGUUCCUGUGUAGUGAGGCUAUGCAUCACUUAGGAAUACCAACAACAAGAGCUGGCAGUUGUGUGACAUCUGACAGUAAGGUCCUGAGAGAUGUCUACUACAACGGGAAUGCCUCCUAUGAAAGAUGUACCAUAGUACUCAGGAUCGCACAAACAUUUCUCAGAUUUGGGUCAUUUGAGAUCUUCAAGCCUACCGAUGAAAUAACCGGAAGGAAGGGCCCUAGUGUUGGAAGAAAUGACAUCCUGAUCACCAUGUUGGACUAUGCUAUCAAGACAUUCUUCCCAGAGAUUCAGGUGGCACAUGCUGACAACAAUGAGGAGCGAUACCUGGCCUUUUUCAGGGAGGUUGUCCACAGGACGGCACGGCUUGUGGCGGAAUGGCAGUGUGUGGGUUUCUGUCAUGGAGUGCUGAACACAGACAACAUGAGCAUUCUGGGCCUCACCAUAGACUACGGACCCUUCGGCUUCUUGGACAGAUACGAUGCUGACAACAUCUGUAAUGGCUCAGAUGAUGGAGCUAGGUACUCCUACCGGAACCAGCCUGAGAUGUGUAAGUGGAACUGUGAGAAGUUUUCGGAGGCGAUCUCCGAGGCCCUUCCGACUGUCCUCUCCAAACCCAUCCUGGAGGAGUUUGACCCGAAGUUCUCGGAACAUUAUCUCGGCAAGAUGAGGAAGAAACUUGGGCUACUCAAGAAGGAACUACCAGAGGACAAGGAACUUUUUGAAGCACUUCUUCAGACCAUGACAGAAACAGGUGCUGACUUCACUAAUACGUUGAGGGGUCUCAGUAAGCUGUCACUCCCAGGGUGUCAGGACUUUGACAGUUCCCUGGAGCAGACCAAGUUGUACCUGCUGUCUCAGUGUUGUUCUGUAGAGGAGCUCAUCAAGGCCUGUAAACCCAGGAUGGACCCAAGGCAACUGCAGAUGCUGAUGCUGUUGCUAAGCACCAACCCCUCCCUCCUGAUGCAGCUGGGAGGACAGGGGAAGAUCAUGAGGGAGUUUGAGAGGAUGGAGAAGCUAGAGGAAAUAAAGGACCUGACCCAGGAGCAGAAGGCGACAGCUGAUGCCCAGAAGUGGACAGAGUGGCUGGAGAAAUACACAGCCAGGCUGAAACUGGAGGUACAGGAGGCAGGGGACCUUGAACAGCUGAACAAGAAAAGAGUCGUGACCAUGAACUCCAAUAACCCCAAGUUUAUCCUGAGGAACUACAUCGCACAGAAUGCCAUCACCGCUGCUGAGGAGGGGGACUUUACAGAGGUACAGAGGGUGCUGCGUCUCCUGGAGCACCCCUACAGUGAGGACGUUGACCUCGGGGAGCUGGCCGUUGCCCCCGGCGAUGGAGGCAGUGCCAGCACCACAGACGAUGAUGCAGGUGCCUCAGCGUCAGUCCUCGCAGAGACAGCCCAAGGGACAGCAAAAAGCUGCACAGGGACAGCAUAUGACAGCAGGCCCCCUGAUUGGGCAGUUGAUCUGUGUGUCACAUGAUCAUCGUAAAGGCCUCAUUCUUGGAACAACCUCUCAAGGUCAAAGGUCAAUCUUAAAUCCUACAAUGUAGGCAAAUGAAGUGUAAGUUUGACAGUUACUAAUUCCAGGUCAAAUUGACAGCUUCUUAACUGUCAAUAGCAUUAAAAUCUAUUCACAUCCUAAAUUUGAACCUCUGACCUGCAGUGACUCUUGACCUAUGAGAGGUGUGAAUGAGGCCCAGUUUGUGGUUGGGUCGAAGGUCAGUGUUUGACAGCAAGGGAACAAGCAAAUGGUUGGUAUACUUUGAGAUUUUCACUAGUUACAAAUGUUUGUUGGAGUUCACUAAUCUGGGGCAAAAUAAUUUAAGCUAGGAGAUCAAGAGGUCCCAGGUUUGAUUCCUGGCAUCCCUGAGUAAUUGUAUCUCCUUGGAAAAAGCACUUUCCUCACUCCUGACUCCAUUGGGGAGGUUUUAUAAUGGAGAAGGUUGGGCUCCCCAUACGAGCGAUCGCUGUUGUUGUUUAUAUCCGGGGUAUUUGAUGGCUGGUGCCUACCAGGACAUCAGUAGAUUGGAUUGAAAAUUGAUAUUCAAAUCAGCAGAUCAAUUUACCGGUUGAUAUGUAAAACAAUCGUUUGCCAAACACCUGCUUUUUGCCUACCACUGCAUCACGGUGACAUCAUCGCGAUCGCUCGUAUUCUAACAAUGUUUCCUAGACAAAGUGGAUUAACAACCCAAUGCCCCAGGUGCAGGGACCUUUACCAUUACCUUACAAAUGUAGUUAUGGACAUUUGCUCCUGUUCCCAAAACUGUUGCACACAGAAUGAAGGCUCAGUUUUAAACCAAUAAUGGUCAGCUGGGCUGGAAAGACUUGACCCUCAUCCACAUUACGUAUGACACUGAAGUCCUGUUGGACCUUUUCUUGUUUUUUUUAUAACUUUGUGAUAUGGAAAUUUGUAUAAUUGUAUAAUUCAGACAUGCUCAUUAAGAAAUACAUUUGACAAUUAGUGAGUGAGUUUUUGGUUUUGUAAAUUAUUCCUGUACAUUUUGUUACGUUGUGACCUUAAGGCAUAAAUUCUAGUAUAAGUGUAAGUCUUUUUAGG